GUUGCUGAGAAAAGCAGCUCAUCAUCAUCUCAGAGGGACUGCAGACGCACACACAUACAGACACACAAGCGUAGCUCCAGAACAAUCAAUGCAGAAAUAAAACCACACAAACGCGCUUUAAUUCCCUGACAUCUCGUGCAGGGUGAUUGGGUUUUAUUCGGUAAGCUCGUGCAGGUGCUGAUCGUCGGAAUCAUGGGGAACCGCGGGAUGGAGGAUUUGAUUCCUCUCGUGAACCGAAUGCAGGACGCGUUUUCCGCCAUCGGUCAGAAUUCGGAUCUGGAUCUGCCGCAGAUCGCGGUGGUGGGCGGACAGAGCGCCGGUAAAAGCUCCGUUUUGGAGAACUUCGUGGGAAAGGACUUCCUCCCGCGAGGUUCAGGUAUCGUCACCCGUCGUCCUCUGAUUCUACAACUCGUCCAGAGUCCCACAGAAUAUGCAGAGUUCCUUCACUGCAAAGGGAAGAAGUUCACAGAUUUCGAUGAGGUUCGUCAGGAGAUCGAGGCGGAGACGGAUCGCAUCACGGGGCAGAAUAAAGGCAUCUCACCUGUACCGAUCAACCUGCGGGUGUACUCUCCACACGUGCUGAAUCUGACACUGGUUGAUCUACCAGGGAUGACCAAAGUACCGGUGGGAGAUCAGCCGGCGGAUAUCGAGCAUCAGAUCCGAGAUAUGCUCAUGCAGUUUGUAACUAAAGAUAACUGUCUGCUGCUGGCCGUGUCACCCGCUAACUCCGAUCUCGCCAACUCUGAUGCCCUGAAGAUUGCCAAAGAAGUCGACCCGCAGGGUUUGCGUACUAUUGGUGUGAUCACUAAGCUCGAUCUUAUGGACGAAGGCACAGAUGCUCGCGACAUCCUGGAAAACAAGUUGCUACCACUUCGGAGAGGUUACAUUGGUGUGGUGAACCGCAGUCAGAAAGACAUCGAUGGAAGAAAGGAUAUAAACGCUGCCAUGGCCGCAGAGCGGAAGUUUUUCCUGUCUCAUCCCAGUUACAGACACCUGGCUGAUCGAAUGGGAACGCCGUACCUGCAGAAAGUCCUGAAUCAGCAAUUGACCAAUCACAUCCGUGAUACACUGCCUGGGCUGCGAGCUAAACUGCAGAGCCAGCUGCUGUCUAUCGAGAAGGAAGUGGAGGAGUACAAGAACUUCCGUCCGGAUGAUCCGUCUCGGAAGACCAAAGCCCUGCUCCAGAUGGUUCAGCAGUUCUCUGUGGACUUUGAAAAGCGUAUCGAGGGUUCUGGAGAUCAGAUAGACACAUAUGAGCUGUCUGGAGGAGCCAGGAUCAAUCGCAUCUUCCACGAGCGUUUCCCCUUCGAGCUGGUGAAGAUGGAGUUUAAUGAGAAGGAGCUGCGUAAGGAGAUCAGUUACGCCAUCAAGAACAUUCAUGGCAUCAGGACGGGCCUCUUCACACCGGACAUGGCCUUUGAAACCAUUGUGAAAAGGCAGAUCUCCAAGAUUAAAGAGCCUUGCCAGAAAUGUGUGGACAUGGUCAUAAGUGAGCUAGUCAAUACUGUUAGGCAGUGUACCAAGAAGCUGGCCCAGUAUCCCAUGCUGAGGGAGGAGAUGGAGAGGAUCGUCACACAACACAUCCGGGAUCGGGAGAGCCGAACUAAAGAUCAGGUGUUGCUGUUGAUCGACAUUGAGUUGGCGUACAUGAACACUAACCAUGAAGACUUCAUCGGAUUUGCCAAUGCUCAGCAGAGAAGUAGUCAGAUUAAGAAGAAGGCAGCUGGUAAUCAGGAUGAGAUCAUGGUGAUCAGGAAGGGUUGGCUGACCAUUAACAACAUUGGCAUCAUGAAGGGUGGGGCUAAGGAGUAUUGGUUUGUCCUGACAGCUGAAUCUCUGUCCUGGUACAAGGAUGACGAGGAGAAAGAGAAGAAGUACAUGCUGCAGGUGGACAAUCUGAAGUUCAGAGAUGUGGAGAAAGGUUUCAUGUCCAGCAAACACAUUUUUGCCUUGUUCAACACUGAGCAGAGGAACGUGUACAAGGACUACAGACAGUUGGAGUUAGCCGUUGAGAGUCAGGAGGAGGUGGACGGAUGGAAAGCUUCAUUCCUGCGAGCUGGUGUCUACCCUGAACGUGUGAUGGAGAAAGAUAAGAGCGAUGCCGGUGACGAGAACGGUUCAGAUGGUUUCAUGCACUCCAUAGAUCCACAGCUGGAGAGGCAGGUGGAGACCAUCCGUAACCUGGUGGACUCCUACAUGGGCAUCGUCAACAAAACCGUACGAGACCUGAUACCCAAGACCCUCAUGCACCUCAUGAUAAACAAUACUAAAGAGUUCAUCAAUGCCGAGCUUUUGGCUCAGUUGUAUUCGUGUGGAGAUCAAAACACGCUCAUGGAGGAAUCGGCAGAACAGGCCCAGCGUCGAGAUGAAAUGUUGCGAAUGUAUUUCGCUCUUAAAGAAGCGCUGAACAUCAUCGGAGACAUCAGCACCACCACUGUCACCACAGCUCUGCCUCCACCCGUGGAUGACUCGUGGCUUCAGGUGCAGCGCACCGGCUCUGGAGGACGCUCUCCAGCCACAAGUCCGACUCCUCAGAGACGAGCUCCUCCUCCAGGUCCUCCUGGACGUCCAGGUUCUCGUGGUUCGGCCCCGGGUCCUCCAGCCGCAGGUGGGCCGCCCGUUCCGUCUCGUCCAGACCCCUUCGGUGGGGCUCCUCCUCAGGUCCCGUCCCGGCCUAACCGUGCCCCCCCGAGCGUGCCAAGUCGACGACCCCCGGCCUCACCUACUCGACCCAACAGACCCACAGACUCCUCCCUCUUUGACUAUUAGCUCCUCCCACACGUGACAGACAACAAGGACAGACACACCCAUCCAACCAGAACUCCUCCCCUUCCUGCUGUCUUAAAUAAGCUAAUGCAUACAGUACCCAAUACAGCUAUACAGUUCACAAUCAGCUGAAUAACACAAUGUCAAAACAUAACAACCGUGUGUCAUAAAUUACCCUAAUAUUUAUUUCAAGUUUUCCUAGUGUUUGCAUUAUAUAAAGUAAAGUUAUGAGAAAUGACACAAGCCACGAGAGGAUGUGGAUUACAGUAAUUUUACAACGAAUAGACUUAAAACCACUUAAAAUUACUGCAAAGCAAAUAAUCUCAUGGCAUGUUGUCAUUUACUCACAGCUCAACAUCUGUAAGCAAGCAUGCCGACCUCAGAAACGUCUAUUUGUCAUUGAUUUAAAUAUUGCAUAUUGGUGUAAUGAUACAUUUAAAAUAAACGAAUAUGCUUGAACUGA